AUGCAGGGGCUCCAAGCCGCGAAGGAGAAGGCUUCAGGCCUGUUCGCCAACAAACCCCUUCUUUUCAAAAAUGCUCAUGAGAACUUCCACGUGGAACAGAAGGGCUACGAUCAAAUGUACGAUGGCGAGGAUCUUGAAACUCCACCGUCCCCGGAGAGGCCACCGCCACGUCCAAUAGAUAAGUACGUUCGCGCGGAGUGCCCCUGCCUGAGCACGCGUUAUACGGUUGCCUUGCUCGCCUGCUUUGGCUUCAGCAUAAUGUUCGGUAUGCGUUGCAAUAUGAGUAUGGCCAAGCUCAAGAUGACAGAGAAGCACAACACCUCUGUGGGAGUGAAGGAGGACACCCCGUUCAACUGGACCGUAAACGUGGAAUCGUCUAUAGACUCGUCUUAUUUUGCUGGAUAUCUCAUAACUCAAGUUCCAGGUGGCUUCCUAGCCUCCAUGUACCCAGCAAACAGAAUUUUCGGUGCUGCUAUAGUGGCUUCAUCCAUUUUCAACAUGGCGAUCCCUGGCGCUAUGUCCAUAGGACCCGCAGCGGUGGUAAUGCUGAAAAUAGCUCAGGGCUUUGUUGAGGGUGUUACAUAUCCAUCUUGUCACGGUAUCUGGAGGAGUUGGGCGCCUCCUUUAGAACGUUCUAGACUGGCUACGCUUGCCUUUUGCGGGACCUAUGCCGGGAUUGUAAUUGGUAUGCCACUGUCCGGACUCCUCACCGACUAUAUAUCUUGGCAAACACCAUUUUACUUCUACGGAGUUUGUGGAGUCCUCUGGUAUUUCUUAUGGCUGUGGUUGGUAUUCGAGAAGCCUAGUAAGCAUCCACAUAUAACCGGCAAGGAGUUGACCUAUAUCGAGCAAUCGUUGGGUACCGCUGCACAAGCCGCUAUGCCUGGAUUUUGGAACACCCCUUGGAAGGCUUUUGCCACAUCGCCACCGGUUUACGCCAUUAUUGUAGCAAACUUCUGUAGGACAUGGAACUUCUGUUUGCUCGUCAUCUUCCAAUCUGCAUAUUUUAACACGAGAUUCAAUAUGCAAAUUACUGAGUCUGGUUUUGUCGGCGCAAUACCGCAUCUUAUUAUGACAUCUCUAGUACCAAUUGGAGGCAUGAUGGCCGAUUACUUACGUAAAAACAACAUUAUGACAACCACCAACGUCCGCAAGCUUUUCAAUUGUGGUGGAUUCGGUUUGGAAGCGUUUUUCUUCGUUCUGGUGGCCUAUGCUGAUAACAAAUACGUGGCAACUAUAGAGCUGACCCUUGGCGUAGCAUGCAGUGGAUUCGCUAUUUCUGGAUACAAUGUCAAUCAUUUGGAUAUCGCUCCAAGAUAUGCUUCGAUCUUGAUGGGUCUGUCUAACGGCAUUGGCACCAUUGCUGGUUUUGUUGUUCCAAUCGUUAUAGACAAUAUGACUCGUGAGAAGGAAAAACUGGAAAAAGCAAUAACGGAAUGGCGUGCGGUCUUCCUUAUGGGCGCGACGGUCCACUUCAUCGGCAUCACGAUCUACGCGAUAUUUGCCUCCGGCGAGCUGCAGCCCUGGGCCGAACCAACUCCAGCCUACGAGAGCCCUAUGAAAUCUUUGGAUCACGAGACUACAUUCACGGAGCAGCCAUCUGCGCCUCUGAAGAACACAGAGGCUCCAGCGUAUGGCGCCAUCGCUGCACCGCCGCCCCGCCCCCCCGCGCCCCAACAGCACGUCCCCAAUAACCCUUUCGUCUCCGGGGCCUUCUACCAAGCGGAGCCGGUGCAGCCGCCAGCUCAAGAGUACCAGGAGCCGAGCGAAGACGGUACAUAU